AUGUCAAAGAAUAACGAACUUUUAACCGAUGACUACGUCGCGGACCUCCUUUCGCAGGAGGCAACCGACUGCUCUUUAAAAUACUCAACCAUGGGGAUGGAAGCAUACCGCACGAAUAAGAAACCUGCGAAUAUGAUGAAACCAAAUACCCGAUUUUUACGACACAUUAUUAAAGAUACCGACCAUCACAACAAGGCGCUGUUGGCCAAAGAGGCCGCUGAGUCCAAGGCGCGAUUAAAGGACCUUGAGCGCAGUGAAGAAAUCAAACGGCGCAAGACAAAUCCGAACGUGAACGACAUCAGACGACGGCAAAUGGGCGAUAUUCAUGCCAUCCUAGGCGGCAAACGACGACCAAGAACAGAAGACGAGGCAGGACCUUCAUCAAGAAGAGAUUCAAAACGCAGUGACAGGGACCGAAAACCAGAGCGUGAGCGAGACCAAGAUUCAAGUGAUCUUUUUGCGAAAAAGCGCAGCGAUCGCGACCAACAUGGUCGAUUGUCGCGAGAAGAUCGUCACAGUAAGACGGACGACGAUUCUAGACGGUCAGACAGGUCACGGAGAGAGCACAGGCGACGCGACAGAUCACGAAGCAGAGAUAGAGACUCAGAAGAAGAAGGUCGUCGUCGUCACAGUCACAAGAGGAGAGAUAGGUCUAGAUCGCCUAUACGCCGGCGACGGUCUCGAUCACCCAGGGAAUCUAAGAGUAGACAUCGACAUCGAUCACCUCUGGAAACGAAGGAAGACCGCAAACGGAAUGAGGAACAAGAAGAGGACUCGGAUGUUUUGGAAGAUCUCAUCGGACCCGCACCACCUCCGAAAUACCGGGGCCGAGGAACAGUGGGAGGGUCCUCGGGUAUCGAUCGACGAUUUUCAGAGACAUAUGACCCGAAAACUGAUAUACAAAUGGAUGAGGAUGAUGAUGGUGGUAAUACCUGGGAUGAUGCAGUGGAAGCGUUUAGAGACCGCCAAAAGCUACGACAGAACUAG